AUGGCGGACGAAGGGGUUGAUCAAGACAGUCACCAAGAAAUUGCCGUAACAAGCCAUGAGAACAGGCGUAUUCAUUUCUUUGGACUUACUUUUCCUCCUUCUGGAUUUUUUGGACGAACUUUAACUCGAGGUUUUAUCGUUUUAGUGAGCUGGGCAGUUUUAUGGUCUGUUUUGGGUGACAAUGCUUUACCGCGCGGCAAUAUCUUCGGAAUUUUUAGCGUUGUUGUUCUUGCCGCUUUAGGCGGCUUUUUAACUAGAAAACUGUCUAGAGAUGCUCUUCCAUCUCUGCUGGGUAUGCUAGUAGUCGGCUUUGUUCUCAGAAAUGUGCCAGGAAUUAACGUGGCUCGUCACAUUGACAAAAAAUGGUCCGCCACUCUCAGAAGCAUGGCUCUUGUCGUUAUUUUGACGCGUUCUGGUCUUGAGCUCGACCCAGGUGCUUUACGAAGACUAAAAUUCACCGUUAUUCGUUUGGCUUUUUCUCCAUGCGUCGGAGAGGCUAUCACUGUGGCAAUUGUUGGGAAGUUCUUGAUAAAUAUGCCUUGGCUUUGGGGAUUGCAGCUUGGGUGCGUGAGUGACAUGUUAAUUAAAUGAUGUGAAAAUAUUUGAAAUGAUAAAUAUAUGAAUAUCGUGGAUUGGAACUGCAAAAUAAGAAAUAAAUGCAAAGAAGAUCAUCACUUAUUUCUUGAAAUUCAUAUGUUUAUCAUUUCAUCUUCAUCCUUCCCCGAGAUGUUACGAACCAAUGUAGUGACCAGCCCAGGGGGGGUACUCCGGGUUUCAAGUGACAGGGAUGAUCAAAUGGGAGGCAAAAAUUGAAACCGAAAAAAAAUCCCUAGGGCUUCAAACAAAACUCAAAAAAAUCCCUGGACCAAAAUUUAACGCCCAAAAAAUCUCAUGCUGAAUUUCUGAGCCUUAAAAAUUUCCAGAGGACCUACCUAGUCGAGAUACAUGGGAAUUGUCACGAAUCUUCAGAUUGUUUUGAAUACCCAAAAAAAAUCCCUGCUUCAAACAAGCUACCCAAAAAAGUACUUGCCAAAAUUUUCCUACACAAAAAAAUCCCGAAAUCAAAAAUUUCAAAACCAAAAAAAUCCUUUGAUCAUCGCUGUCACUUGAAAUCUGGAGUACCCCUCCUUGGAUGAACAGCUCCCAGUUAACUUGCUCUGAGUUCAGGUGGUUGGAGCACUGCAUCAGUAUUGCAGAGUUCAGGGUUUAAAUUCCGACAAGCCUGACUUUUUUUCAGGCUUUCUCAUAGCAACUGCAUAAGCUGCAUCUAUAACUGGGUUUCAAGACCUUCUUUGCAUUUGUGAAAAUAUUUAUUACUCAGAGAGUAUUUGUGACUGCUCAAUGCAGUUGAAUACAUGUGAUGACUGAUACAUGUGACUGCAUGAUGUGGUUGUAAUGUGUUAGCCCACAAUUGACCUGUUCACCACUGAGGUCUUCAGUAGCAUUAUAGUAAUGUUGUUACAGCAUCCUACAAUGGUGCAGAAAAUCCCAUAUAGAAUUCGGGUUUUUUCCGCGUUCUUCUCUCCACACAUACGUCUCAUUAAAUCUUUAAGUAAAAAAUCCCUAUUUAUCCUCUGUCAUUAUGGGGCUUUGGAAAUAAUGAAACAAAUAAUUCAGGUGGAACGUAACAUCCCAACUGGUAUGAGGCAUGGUAUGAGAGAAAUACACACACCCCGGUAAAUAGUGUCUGUAUACCACAUAGCCAGCUAAGUAUGUCAAUUAAGGUGAUUCCCUGGUUUUGCACUGCGCAUCUCUUACUGCGCAUAACAAGAUGGCCUCCGUAAAAAAGUAUGUGAAGUAACAUUAUUAAAAUGAAGUUGACCGAAGAGAAACGCUAUUGCAAUACGCUCUUCUCACUUAUGGUAAUAUGCCUGUCUAACCUUGUUUAUGGGUAAAAAUUCUUUUGAAAUUCAAAUACGAAAACGUCGUCUGAUUAGCAUUUCAAAGGACGUUUUACUCAAAAACGAGGUUAGACGGGCAUAUUACCAUACGUGAGAAGAGCGUAUUUUUGCUUGCGGUUGUUUCUUGCCGAGGUGAGACUCAAUGUGGUGGGAAUGUGCAUAACGUAAGCAGUAUGCGUGUUGCUGAGUUCGACAUCCUCAUGGAGAACCUCGAUAGUGGAUGUUUAAUUUGUGCUUAUUCACUUUGAUUUUCAUUUAAAUGCUUUCUUUAUCACAUUUUGUCCUUAAUGUGAUAUCUCGAUGUAAAUUCUGUAAGAACGGAUUUUUUAAUACUUUCUUCCCCCUUUCCCAUACAUUCUAAAAUUCUGAAAAUUCUGAAACUCGCCCCAGUCCUCUCUCAAAAAUGAAGGAAAAAUGCAUUUGGUGCGCACUUUCUGCAGCUCUACCGCAAAAACGAGUACGGUGACCCCCAUUUUUUAUUUCAUGAUUUUAAUAAGGCUAGUGCUUCCUUUCGGUGGGAAAAAAAUUGGCACAAAUCUAUGUUCAGUUUUUUGGCAAUUUUACUAAAUUGUACGGAUUGAGCUAUCACGUGUCGAAUAGCGCGUGUCCAAUUUAAUUCUACUUUGGAGCGUAAAGUAAAAACAAGGGCAUUAAAAGGCAUUUUUCUAGUACGUAAGUGGAUAAACAAUACAUUAAAGUCAAAUUCUGUGCGAUACCACAUGCUUCAUCGAAAAAAUCUUUCCUUUUUGUCUAGUUUUGGGCUGCGCGCGGUUUUUGGUCCAAAAUAGUUGUAUUUAUCGGCAUUGUGACGUCAAAACGAGCACGGUGACCCCCACUUUUUAUUACCUUUUUAUCAUCUUGACUUGUUACAUCAGUGUACCAAGUUUCAUCCACAAUCUAUGUUAGGUUCUUUUACUAGGGAAUCACCUUAAGUAAUAGAUCAAGUAAUACACCCUAUGACCCUGUGGCUUAUACAUGUAUGGGUAGUCUAGUUGAACUUUUUAUCUCACGUUGUAGUAUUUUUUAUAGGUUUGUUCUAGGAGCAGUCACACCAGCAGUUGUAGUUCCUCAGCUUCUCACUCUACAACGAGAAGGUUUUGGUGUUGAACAGGGAAUCCCCACUUUAGUGAUGGCAGCAUCAUCUUUUGAUGAUGUCAUUGCAAUAAGUUUGUUUGGCAUUUUUCUGGGUAUUGCAUUCUCAGAAGGUUAGUAAGUUUUACAGUCAAACCAAGAAAACCGUGAACUCCAGAAAUAUUUCUGAAAUGUUAUUGUCUUACGAGAGAAAAGACAAUCAGUGUGAGAAAACUAAGCCACAAGCAAGAAUGUUAACUAGUUUGUGGUUUUGUGGCCAUUUCAGGUGUCCUGAUCUUUGCUGUGAUUGGUCAUAACACAAUAAACAUUCCUGAGAUAUUUAAGUGUUCGCAGUUUUCCCAGUUGCACUGUAACCUUUUGCAGAGCAUAUGCAUGUUAGUUGUCGAUAUUACUAUGCAUUCAUCCUGAUACAUUUUUUUUGUUCAUUCACUAACUUCAUCGGGGGACCCCUUAAUUCAUUCCUCAAUUCAUUAUUAAAGUAACUGAGAGUCAGAGUAUCUUUCUGUACUGCUUCCACGUUCUGGCCCCAGUCUUCAGUUGUGUUGUGUUUAAGUGAUGGAUGGAGGAGUAAAAUGUCAUGUUGGGGGUGAAGGAAGUAUGUUUGGUUCUUUGAAUGUGUUUUUGAGAUGAUGAGGGGGCCAAGGUGCAUUCCAUCUGAUUUGUCACUGGUCUUAAAGAUUGUCUGUGUGUGUGUUGCUAGCUUUUGUAAUCAAUAAGUCUAUACAAUUUCUUGAAUCUCACAUGCAUGCAGAUCAUCUUCCAAACAGGUACCUGUUUUUGUUUUUGUUUUUAACAAAGUCUCUGUUGUAUUUCACCCUCCUUUUUAACAGGGAACAUGGUGUUUAACAUCUUCAGAGGUCCCGUUGAGCUGUUAAUGGGUUUGGUAUUUGGAAGUCUGGUGGGGGCUUUAUGUUGGUUCUUACCAAGCAAAACUGAGGUAAAGUUAACUUUGCUCACUUACUUUUCCUAGAUUGCAUAGAAUGAAAGAAUCAAUCACUUUUAUGCCUCAGCCAGUGAUUUUUCUAUUGAUUGUAUGUUGUGUAAUUCAGUUGACCUUCCAUAUGUGACCACCUCUUGUAAGCAACCACCUCAGCUCCAAUAAGAAACUAGCCUGAGAAAACAGCCAACAUUUGGCGAUGCUACCACUGGUUUCCCUGCCAAAUGACAUCUGAGAAAUGAGCGCAGAAAUUCUAUACUGAUGAAGCGUCACUACCCAGAUCUGGGUAGUGGCGCUUCAUCAGUAUAGAAUUUCUACGCUCAUUUCUCCGACAUCAAUUGGCGGGGAAACCAGUGGUAGCGUCGUUAAAUGUCGGCUGUUUUCUCAGGCUAAUAGGCAACCUAUCCAAAAUACCACAAUUUUCCCAUUUAACCCUUUAAGUCCAAAAGUGACCAACAUCUAUUUUCUCCCAACAAUAUCAGUACACAAUCAAGAGAAAAGGUUGUGAGAAUUAAUGAAAUAAUCACCUAAGAGAAAAUGCUUUGAUCUUCUUCCAAAUUCUCUCAACUUAUUCUUUAUGGAAAUGUAUAGAGAUCAGUUUGGAGAAUUUGUACAUGGAUAUUGGGGGCUUAGAGGGUUAAAGCCUUACAGCUGGAACCUCUCCUAACAACCCCCUCCUGUAAGUGACCAUGACCACUUUUCCAUCAUUUUGAACCUCUUGUAAGCAACCACAAGGCAUGGUCUGAUAGCAAAGUAUUCUAUAUAUAUUACCCUACUCAGAAUACAGAAAGAACUAUGAGUGAAAACAUGAAAGUACACAUAUCUUAACUUUUGCAUGCAAUAAAUUCUCUUCUGUAAGGUACAUUUAGAUAUGUCAAGACCUCUUCUCAGAAGAAAAUCCCUAUGUUUCGAUUCUUUUAAGCGACCACCUUCCAUAAGGGACCACUAAGUCUUCACAUUUUGGGUAGUCACUCUCAGGAGGUUUGACUGUAUUACUCAUUUUCCUUUAUUUUUUCAUGCAGACAGACAGAUCUCGUAAUAGGUUUGUGAUUCUUCUUGGCUGUGCCUUGCUCUCUGUUUUUGGAAGUAACAUGGCUCAGUUUUCAGGAGCUGGAGCUUUGGGUGUGCUUGUGAUGGCUACUGUGGCAGCGUAUGGCUGGGGAGACUCAGAAAAGGUUGGUUGGUCAGUAAUGAAGUUAAUGCCAAAUUCCAUUGCAUGAGAGUACCAUGACAUGUUUUGACCACAUAUUAGCUUUAUAUUACUGUGUGCAUUUUAUCAGCUCAUGCAAAUUUUUUUAUUCUUGACUAGAAAUUCUAAAAACCCUGCAAUUAUUUUGAUUAGAGAAUAUAUAGUGAAACCUUGAUGUAAGGAAGGGCCAAGGGACUGACAAAUAUAAUUAUGCUUACUAUGAGGUUUCAUUAUAUCAAGGUUCUUUUCCAUAUAUUUUGGUAUUACUGGGAUGAGGAAUAUUGAUCAUUAAUAUAACAAGGAUUUUCUGAUACAGAGGUCUCAUGGUUAAUCAAGGUUCCACUGUAAAUUUGCUAACUCUUGGUUGGUUAUGUCACAGGUCAAAUUUGAUUUCAGGUUGAGAUAUUUUUUCCUGGGUUGGUUCUCAUAGGGCUGUGAGCCAAAGGGAAGUAAGAAUCAACCUAGCCUUAAACCAAAAUUAAUCUGAAAUCAAAUUUGACCUGUAACAGUUACAUGCAGAUCUUAAGGUUUCCUUGUUUUUGUGUUGUGGUAAUUUUAGGCUCUUAUUGCUGAUGCUAUGGCCAUUGUGUGGGAAUUUUUUCAGCCUCUGCUGUUUGGUUUAAUAGGUGCUGAAGUUAGCAUUGAAUACAUGGAUAGUGCACUAAUUGGUAAGCCUCUGUAAUGUAAAUGUGUAAUAGUUAUUGUCUCUGUGAAAACAUACUCAGUAUACAGCUAUUUUGAAAAAGGCUGUCGGGAAAAACUGUCCAUGCCACAAUCCAAGGUAAUAUGGGAUAUGAUCAAUACACUGUUCCUGACACUGUAGCUGUCGAACCUACUUUUGUUGCUUUCCCUUAGCACUCGUAAACAUACAUCAAUGGCCUCUCGUGCCAUUCUUUGAAAUUUCUUUGAACAAAACAGCGAACUCAAAACCACCCACAAUAUCUUUCGUGAUUGUCGCGUGCACUAUUUCCGACAACCUUUCUCGAAAUAGCUGUAUAUGUAGAACUAAGUCUAACAAAGUACUAGUCUGGGAGGUUUGUAUGUUGCUCGGGGCUUCUUUUUAUUCUUUGCCAAGAGUACAAAGUAAGAAACAUUUUUGGUUAUCCUUUUCUGCCCUGGGUACUUUCUAGCCAUGCUGGCAAUGUUACAUUUACAAAAUUACAUGUCAUUUGGAUGUAAAAAAGACUGCUCACAUCCUCUCUAUAUUUUAACGAAAACUGGAAGAAACGUGCCAAAUAGCAAGCCAACCGGUGAAACCGGCUGAAACCUAAGCACGCGACUGACCGAACACAAACGCGCGACGAGGACUGGUGACGUCAACAAUCACAUUGCUGAGCACCAUUUAAAGACGAAACUUAAAAUUGACUGGGACUCUGCGACAUGUAUAACGUAUUCUACAGACUACUAUCAACGUUUUACUUUAGAAAGCUGGUUUACUAACUUAGAACAAACGCUACUGAAUCGUGGCCAACAGUUACCAGCGCCGUACAAACGACUUAUUGACGAGAUCAAGCAAAACUAAAUACGAGAGAAUGACUGGAGAACUGACAAUUUGACUAACAAUAGACGGAUCGAAACGCACCAAUUGCUGAUUACGAGUCUUCAUGGCCAAUAACAUCACGGCUUAACUGACAGACGACCAAUAACAUCGCGACGUAGUUGACCAAUCAGAUCAAUAACCAGUGAGUAUAAUACCAUCAACUGACGUGAUACAACUCACUUUGACUCUGAAGAUGACUACCGCACAGGUUGUCGAAACGUCAGUCACUGUCAACAACAACAGUCCUAUUCAGGACUACGUUCACCCGGACGAUCAAACUCAACCUACCUUUAAAAUGAAUGCAGGAGUGGGGCACUUAUGUCCAGAAACGUAAGAAAACUCGGAACUUGGAUACUUAAUGCAAUUAAUUCUUAUUUCCAUUGAUUGCAUUAAGGUAAGGGCUAGGAAUAGAUGACAAUUCGUGAUGUCUGCCAUAAAGAGCAAAAAUCUCGACAACUUGCAGUCCUUGACAUAUCUGGGUGGGGGGGGGGGCAUUGUAGCGGGAGUCCAGUCUCACGUUCAGUCCCUUUUAUCCCAUAAAGAUAAGAGAAAAUGGAGAGCUCUGUAAACUGUAAAAAGUCCAUUGGUUCAAGAUUUUUGUGUUAUUCCAAUGUAGGUAAAGCUUUUGCUUUGCUCACAGUAGCCAUGGUUGUUAGACUGAUAGUAACUUUCUUGGUUGUGUCUGGAAACAAGCUCAGUAUUAAGGACAAGAUUUUCGUGGCGAUUGCUUGGUCACCAAAAGCCACAGUACAGGUAAGACCCCAGGCGUAUGCCACAAUAGGAUGAAUGUGAACAAUUUGGUUGGCAUUUCAACGCGUAUUACUGUAUAUUGGCUAAGAAACUACAUUUUAUUAUUGAAAUCAGUGCAACCUACAGAUUAGUUAGUCGGUUAUCUGCCAGCUAUUCUUUAGGUUGCGCAGGCCAUUCAUGAUAUCAAGAGCCCGGUUGAAAUGUCAACCUGACUUCUGUUCGACGUCGCGUUUGUCGUUGUUUUCCAUGAAACGAUGUAUUGUUAAAAAAAGUAUUGGAAACUAUCGAACAGCCGUUUCAAGUUUUGCGGGGGCUAAAAAUGCUAACAUAAAACCUACUGCUUUUCAGUCUAAGGACUUACUUUUCCUCCGUAUAUUAUAAAUGCUCGUAGCUCCAAACUAGGUUGAAAUGAUUUUGACCUGACUAUUGUAUGGCAAAGCGAUAAUGCCGGUGGCGAAAACGUCUCUUAAAAAGUGAAUUCAUGCUGUCUCCAAAUUAAUCGCUCUUACUCCAUGUCAAUCAAUUUGUCAGAUAUUGGUGACUUUUUUCUGGAGUUGAAUUUUAAAGGACUGUAUCUAGUUUAAAAAGAAUUAGCAGGCGUUGUCUUGAGUUCACGUCCUCGGCUCCACAAAAUGCGUUUGAAAUUAGGCAGUUUCACGUCGUGGACAUGCAACGACGGAAAGGAAAUGGUAAAAAAUCGUGAUGCAAGUGCAAAGUUGUUGUUUUACCAAUCUAAUCCUAUUACUUUUUUUCCAUUUUUGUUGCCGUCUCGUCGUCAUCGUUGCUUAAUCCCCGUAUUGUCUUCACAGGCCGCCAUAGGGUCAGUAUCAUUGGACAUGGCGCGCGAACGAGGUUUUACCGGUAUGCUUCAGGAAGAGCUCGGAAUUCAGGUAAUAACAGUUUAUAAUCCCCUUCUGGUUACUCUUUUCGUACUUGUACACGUCCAAUGAUGCCAGAAAGGGUUUAAAUACCCAUGAUAGCCUGCUCAUUCCUUUCUGGCCCUGUACAUGUAGCUCAGUUGGUAAAACGGUUAUCUAAAGUUGAGGCAGUGGUCUUUUUUCUCUUUCCGGCUCUGGGACAAUUUCCGGAUUUUAGGCUAUUGCCGAGGUUGACACCUCAUGCUCUUUUUUGACGGAACAAAUAGAAAAGCUUUAGUAGUCUUUGGCUAGGAACGGCGCUGUAGUCUGAAUUUAGGAUAUUGAUGUGAGAAUUUAUGGCCAUUUUUAAUUUUGACGUCCGAAAUUAGAUGCAGUUGUUGCUAAUCGCCUUGAGAACGUUCUCGGAAACCUUGCUGCGCUCUGUUACUGUCGAUUUUAAUACAACUUUUGGUUUUUGGUAAGCUUGCUAUCGAGACUCAGGACUGAUGAAAGCUUUUCUUAACUGAAAUGUACUAGGUAUGUGCAGAUUUAAUUUGCAUUCGCUGGGUGAACGCGUGUUUUCGUUCGUGUAAUCGUCACGGCAGCCACGGCUUUACGAACAUAAAAAAGCAAUUUUCGCUCGCCCAAAAAAUACGCCCUCAUUGCAGACUAGUGCAGUUUCUAAUACGAUCAUCUCGUUAUUACGGCCAGUUGUUUUCGGCCCGGCAAAGCGGCCACACAUCUUCCUAUAAAAAAAAUCCGUUAAUGCGAUCACCCGUUAAUACGGCCAACUGCCACAUUUUACAAUCCCAAACAGUAGAAACCCUUAUAAUUUCAACCCGAUAAUACGACCACUUGUUCAAAAUUUAGAAAAUUAAAAUGCCUGCGACAUGUCAAUUUUAGUGAUCUAGUAAUCUGAACUUAUUCUUGUACUGUUCUUAGACUACCGUACACUUAAAAUGCACUUGUAGCGAUUUAUAGCCGAAUUCUAAAAGAGUUUCAUGUACUAAACGAAAAUUUUAGGUAGUUUUUUUCAAUUACUGUACGCGAUAUCUACAUUCCGGUUGUUUAUUAAUGAGAACAAUACGGUGAAUGCGAUGCACGGUGUAUUUGUCAUUACGGCCCUGACCUACUUAAAAUUGCCAUUAACUUUACAGAUAUUGACCAUAGCCGUGUUGUCUAUCCUUCUCACGGCUCCAACUGGAGCAGUAGGAAUUGCCGUCUCAGGCCCCCGGUUGCUGCGAAGGUCCGAAACGAAACAAGAGACUGGAGACAAAGGAGAGGUGGAACCCAUUCUAGAUGGUUCCAAUCCCCAGAUGGAUUCAACUCUGUAA